AAGAUCCAUUUUAAUAUUGUGCACCCACCUACGCCUUGGUCUUCCUUCUAGCUUUCACAUUAAAAUACAGAUACAAUUCUACAACUCUACAAUUCCUUAAGUUUCUACCAUCUUCAGUGCAGAAAAUGAAGCAAAGCAAGCAGCAAACAUUCUUAUGAUGGGGAAAUAUAUUCCUCCGAAACGCAGGCAAACUUCUACCAUACUACACGGCAUAAAAUCUGAAAAGGCAAUAGUCUUCAUAGUUCAUAGUUAAUUUUCGGUUGUCAUUUCUUUGUUCGCAGAAUUAUGAAGUUCGUGCAAUUCUAUAUAAUCUAAAGAGGGAACGGAUAUGGCUCAUCGAAAGGCGGACAGUUACACUCUGCCCUUAUCACGAUGUUAUCAGAAUCAUGAUCUACUUACAUCUGUUUACGAAAUAACUGCUAAUCCUAUCAAUCUUAUGAUCAUAGUGGGGGAGGGGGAUUUGAACAAGCAGGUUCUGUAUAUAAGGCAUGAUUCCAUGCUCCAAAUCACAGUUACAAAUUCCCAGACUGUAAUAAUAUUCUUGUGUGGAAUUUUGGAAAGCAAACACUUUACCAUGACGUGUCUCUGCAAGUUGGUAGCACUGAUGCUGCUGUCUUCAGUCGCCAUUAUUCGUGCAGAUGAUCCAGCCUACGUCACCUGUUUGGACACCAAGGAAUGUGCGCCUGCGCAAUGCUGUGUUCUGGAUGGUGGACACAGGUACACUUACCCCAAGUGUUCCAGUUUGCUUGGAUUGGGGAGUCUCUGUCGUCCUGAUAACGAGCCCAAAAAUUUCACUCUGUCUUACCCAACAGGGGAGACAAUCAGGAUUACCAACGUGUACGCUAAUGUCUGCAGAUGCGCCCAGGGACUGGUGUGUGACCGCAUGAGCGGGGGAACCUGUCAGGAAGCAGCAGAUGUCAAAGUAAAACCAAGCGACUAGAUCCUCGUGCACCACAUUCACGUCCGCUGUAAUCACACUCAGUUCCGUGACACAAUUAUUUCGUAGUGCGACGCACAAAAUUCCCCCAGGAAAUUCAGUAAUAGGGAAUCUACGGACAAACGUUCAAAACUGUGGAACUUACUGACCUACGUAAUAUCCCGGCAGGUUUUGAGCGUCGUACGGA